GGAGGUGGGUUCACGGGCUUCCCCGGGCGCUGUUUUGGAGCUUGUUGUUAGAGGGCGCACAGCUUUCCGGUGACUCGCACCUGACGGCCGAAGUAGGCGGAGGUUGUUUUUCUCCUGUCACGAUCAGCGGAAGUUUAACCCCUUUCCCUCCACCUCCGCCGCGAAAACGAUCCCCGAAGUUCGAUGGUUCAUUCGGAGCGCGAUGAGCCGCCCGUCCUCCGCCGGACCCUGUGCUAACAAACCUUGCGGUAAACAGAAGCAACCACCGCCGCCUCCGCCACCUCACGCGCCGUCCCCAGCGGUCCCAGCCACGCUAGCCGCCGGCUCGGGCCCCUCCGCUCCCCCGGCGGCGGCGGCGGCAGCAGCUGCUGCUGCGAUCUCGGGGCCGAUCUCUCAGCAGCAUCACGAGCUGACGUCUCUCUUCGAGUGCCCCGUCUGCUUUGACUAUGUCCUGCCGCCGAUCCUGCAGUGCCAGGCCGGGCACCUGGUGUGUAACCAAUGUCGCCAAAAGCUGAGCUGCUGCCCCACAUGCCGGGCAUCCCUCACCCCCAGCAUCCGCAACCUGGCCAUGGAGAAGGUGGCCUCCGCUGUCCUCUUCCCCUGCAAGUAUUCAUCGACCGGAUGUUCCUUGUCCCUCCAUCACACAGAGAAGCCGGAACACGAGGACAUCUGUGAAUAUCGUCCUUAUUCAUGCCCUUGUCCCGGAGCUUCUUGCAAAUGGCAAGGUUCAUUGGAAGCAGUCAUGCCCCACCUAACACAUGCCCACAAGAGCAUCACCACCCUUCAAGGAGAAGACAUAGUCUUCCUUGCAACAGACAUUAACCUGCCUGGAGCUGUUGACUGGGUCAUGAUGCAAUUCUGCUUCAGUCACCACUUCAUGCUAGUUCUGGAAAAGCAGGAAAAGUAUGAGGGACACCAGCAGUUCUUUGCCAUUGUCCUCCUCAUUGGCACACGAAAGCAGGCAGAGAACUUUGCUUACAGACUUGAACUCAAUGGCAACCGCAGACGCUUGGCUUGGGAAGCCACUCCAAGGUCUAUUCAUGAUGGAGUAGCAGCUGCCAUCAUGAACAGCGAUUGUCUGGUUUUUGACACUGCAAUUGCACAUUUGUUUGCAGAUAAUGGAAACCUGGGCAUCAACGUUACAAUUUCUACAUGUUGUCCAUAAGAUUCUUUUGGUCCUGUUUGUGGAGACUGUAGUUAUUUAAGUGGCUACAUAUCAGUAGUGCAGCUUGCAUUUUAUUCGUCUUUAUUAGACUAAUUUCACUAAAUAAUAUUUUUAAGAAUAUUCGCCAACUUUUUUGUGUAGAUUUAUUCUUUAUAACUGUUUAUGUUAGAGGCUGAGACAUAAAAGUUCAGAAAAGAA